GUAUGACAUGGUUAUGGGCACAUCCCUGUGUCGGGCCGUCACUCGUCGGUUCAAUCCGGACGCUCGGACUUGUCACUUCCGGCUGAUUUGAUGAAAUCAUCAUUACUUGAUCUGUCAAUGUAACUGGUCUGGCCUCGUGUAUCACGUCCCAUUACCUCUGGCAGUACGCCUGUUUUUCUGCUGCUGCAGUCGUCAUGCUAUGUAACGACAUAGUUGUGGGCUUGACUCUCGCCUUAACCUCAAUACUGCACAUAGCAGAAUGUUUUAACAUUGACAUCAAUCUGUCCCGACUACAACAAGGGCCAGCUGGAUCUGACUUCGGAUUUGCUUUGGGGAUCUUGAGAAAUGACUCACAGGGAGUGCGGUUAAUUAUUGGUGCCCCAAAGUCUAACUCGACCUUCCAGCCAGGUACUCUCCAGACCGGGUCCGUGUUUGACUGCAGCUAUGACCAAAUCAAGUGUACCGAACUAGAUAUGGGAGUCAGCGACGAUAACAAACCAGUCCAGAUAGAAAAUCAACGGCUUGGAUUCAGCAUUGCUGUGGGCGAGGAGAUUUCUCCCAGAAUCACUGCCUGCGCACCAUUAUGGAAAAAUACCCGAAUUCAGGCUGCUUAUCUGGCUCAAGGCCGAUGUCACGAGAUAGGCUAUGGAAAUCCACCCAGAUUCUCUGCUACCUACACGCCUAUGAAACCUCGGAGAAGCUCGGUAAAGGACAAAUUGGUACAUGGUGACAAAUACAUCAAGGGAAUGGGUCAAGGCGGCUUCAGUAUUCAUUACUCAAAGACGGUGAAUGGCAAAUCUGAAUUAGUUGCUGGAGCACCGGGAUAUUAUGAUUGGAAAGGUGGGAUAGCGUACAUUGAUAACACGACCACUGAUGUUUAUUCACUCUCCAUGUUGGGAGAGCAGUUCCCUUCAAACAGCUAUACAGCUUACAGUAUGACAUCUGGACAUUUCUUCUCCACACGACACCUCCAGCUAGUGACCGGAAGUCCAAAUUGGAAUAAUACGGGCAAGGUAAUCGUCAUGAAAAGGACUUUUAAGGACACCCUACUUGAACAUCAGGGCGAACAGUUUGGCUCUUACUUUGGAGCAGCGGUCUGUGCAGUUGAUGUAAACAACGAUUCUUUCGAUGAGCUGCUGAUUGGGGCGCCAUUAUACUCUUCAACGUAUGAGGAAGGAAAGGUGUACGUGUAUAAAAGCAACAAGCUUGACUAUAUGGUAGCGAGAGAUCCGCUAGUCGGCCCGGGUGUGGCCGGAGGCAGGUUUGGAACGACCAUCGGAAGCGUGGGUGAUCUAAACAACGACGACUUCAACGAUGUCAUCAUUGGAGCUCCCUUCGCUUACACCACUGGUGCCAUCUACAUUUAUCAAGGGAGCUCAACUGGUUUAAGAACAACUCCCUCUCAAACUAUUCAGGGAAAGUCCAUUGAACCUAACUUGAGGGGGUUUGGGUGGUCGAUCUCCAAGUCAUUUGAUACGGAUGAAAAUGGAUAUCCUGACCUGGCAGUGGGCGCCCCUAUGUCAGAUCACGUGGUCACUUUACGGACUGUACCCGUGGCUUCGGUGUCAGCUUCGCUUGACAUUGGACAUAACGUCAUCAGUCUGCAACCCAGCUGUCGUUUUCGUCAGAGGAUUUACGUAUGCACUGACGUCACUCUAACGUUCGCUUAUACAGGAAAACAAUGUCCUCCAACAUUGGACAUCGAGUUUGAGCUGAGAGCGGACACACUGACCAAUCCGGAUGAAGAGAGCGGCAGAGCCCAGUUCAUAAUGACGUCCGACAUUAUCUCUCCAUCAAUCCACCGAAACCUGACGCUGUUGCGUGGGAAGGUCGUCCGGUUCAACUACCAGGUCAUCAUACAGCCUAGAAAAGACAAAUACACCGACGUCGGUUUUGAACUGAGAAUCAAACAGAAGAAUAACUGUCAGCUUGGCGCAGAGAAGUGCCCAAUACCGGAUAUAUACUCGCCGGAUCUCCUCCGGAAGCAGGUGCCUUUUGCUAAAGAGUGCGGGGAUGACGAUGUGUGUAUCGCCGACCUCUCCCUUGAUUCCUACGCACCCAGCUCUCUUCUAAUCGGCAGCUCUAAGUACCCCGUGAAAGUGGUGGUCAAAAACCGAGGGGAGGCAGCUUACCUGACCACCGUGAAUCUGAACUACGACAAACAGCUUGCGGUAACUGAUGUGACUACGGUAGAGUCUCCCCCGGGGGCAACCGUCACGUGUGAGCUGGGGCCGUCCCCUCGGGACGACAAAGGGCAGGAGCAAGUCACCAUGAUCUGCUACACCGGCAACCCUUUGCCACCGGACGGAUUCGUCCACUUUCUGCUGACGUUUGACGUAAGCGAGCUGAGAGCACGCUCCAAUACGACGACCAUCUCGCUGAAGGCGUCGACGCUGAGCGAGGAGUUGAACGCCACAAAGGCAGACAAUGUCAUGAGUAUAGACACAGUGCUGAUGAUGGAAGCUCAUCUUACAGUACAAGGAGCGUCUCUUCCGGAGCAGAUUCGGUACGGCCAGCCACAGGCACACACUGACACGGACGUGGAGAGUAAGCGGAUACCUGUUGUACAUGAGUACACCGUGGCCAAUGUCGGACGAGGCAGUACGCCCGGUAUCGAUGUUCAAGUUAGUGUGCCCAGCGUGGACAACCAAGGGAGACAACUUGUCCACAUUUCAUCAGUGGAGGUGCUGCCGAUAGAGGGCCAAAGGCAGGAUAUAGACGGUCACUGUCACUGGGAUCCCUUAAAACCCCCAACAGGCAGCGAGGAAGGGGGGCAAUCGUCAUCAGAUGACGUGGAAUAUCUGACUUGCCUGACGACCAAAUGUGUGACAGUCACCUGCCAAGUGUCCGAACUGAAGCGUGGUGACGCAGCGGUCGUCUUUGUCAAUGGCUGGGUGGAGGAGAGUACGUUCUGGAAUUAUGGGUCCAAUAGCGCCUUCAAGCUGAAAACGAAUGCCACGGUGACAGUUCAGCAACAUUCGCUUUUGGUUCUGGGGAGCUUUCAAAAAGGCCAUUCCCAUAUAGUCACCGACAUCUUCGGUCCAUUGACGAGUCCGGCCGAUCCAUGGAUCCUCCUUGGCUGUCUCCUGGGUGGCUUUCUUCUUCUGUGUCUGAUUUGUCUCGUCCUGUGGAAGGUUGGUUUUUUCAAGAGGAAAAAGCGGGACGAUCUUAAACAGCUUUUAAGGGAGGAAAACUCCAAUGUUGAACUGGACUCGGUGAGCUCCCAAGGCCAAUCCCCCACGGGACUGGGCGAGGUACCUCCCCCAGCACCACCUGGAGCUGUGGGGGGAGCUGAUUAUAUCGUUCCUGUUUCAAAAAAUACCUGCCCGGAUGACCCAUAUCUACACCCAGUUAGUGUUGCCCUGCCUCCUUCUGGGCGAACAUCAAACAAUUACGUCCGGUUAUCUUCGGAGGAUAAAGCUGAAGACAUGGACGCAUUCAUAGGAACCCGGAUGUGAAUCCACAUUUCACCUUGUAUGUCUGCAAGAAAAAAGUUCACUGGGGAAAUCUGCCGAGACGAAGAAAUAGGCUUCUAUCCUAUAUUUGAUAUUAAUAAUUACGUUUUGUUGUCAUAUAAACCUACUUCUCUGGAAUCUUGAAAAUCGUGAUGUUUUCGCACAUUUUUCACUAGUAUUCUCCAUCUUGAUCUCUCCACUCUCUCCCAUUAACUGGUGGAUAUUGUGAAACGUCAUAUCCGGUUGUGACGUCAUUAUGACACUACCAGGCAAUAGUCGAAUGGUUUGCACGACAUCCGUGUGAGGAGCCAUGAGGAAUGUAAUCUGUCAAGUUUAAACCCUGAGAGUUAUUCCUAAGAGAGAGGUUGUUAUCUCCUGUUCCUUAAAGCUCCAGGAAACAUAUUGGAUCUUUAGAUUGCGCAUUGGAAAGGAUACAUUUGAAACUUGCAGCAACAUUUACAUGUGUAAAAUGUAUAUAUUGAAAGUCUUUUGACCGAAAAGCUGUCAACUGGCAUAUUAAAGUAAAAGAAAGCUAAAAUAUUAAAUAAGGUUCAUCAUACAGACUACUGAAAACCAUGAGUAAAAAUACUUCCAUUUAGUUUUCACAGUGUCGAAAGGCAUUCAAAUAUUAGAAUACAAUAGUGGAUUUUAUGAGCCAUAAUGACGGUAUGUAGAAACUUUAACGUCACACCACCUUGUUUUUCCUAAUGUUCACCAGAAGGAAAGAAUUUUUGGGGGGCAUUAUUUCAGUAAUCUUUUAUUCAUCAGUAAAAAGAAUUAUUCCGAUAUUCGGUGUCGUGAUUAAAGUUGGAUAAACUUCCUGUGAUGGCGGAGUUCCUAACCUCUGAUAGUAUGGUCCAUAAAGCCCACCUUAGAUUUCACAUGUUCGCGUGCUUUUAACUCCUUUCACAAAAAUAUAAAAAAUGAAUGAAAGUAUAUUUAUGCAUAGUUUUAAGUGGCCUAUUUAUUGAUGCCUGCUUCGAUUUGUAGAGGUCUUUUCUUCUACAAGUCUUAUGUAUAAGUAUUGAUUAUAAGUAAUUUUGUGCACUUCAAUGGCCAUGCAUGUUACUGCUGGCGCCUAUGUAACCAGUAAGCUGGCCUGUUGGGGCAUUUCACUUUGUACAAACUGGGCCUGGUGCAUCUACUACGGUCGUUAAUAUGGAAGUAUCAAAGUGCAAUGAAUAGGUAAAUAUUCAAAGAACCAAGAGAUCUUAGCCUCAGUAGGACUGGACAACUGAUAUCACAAAUGAAUUGUUAGAAUUGUUGUUUUUCGCGGUUACGAUCUCGUACAUAAUGGUGGCCCGUAUAAAAGUCAAUAAGUUUUUCUCGCCUCCAAAAAUGUUAUACAUAGUAAUGAUUCAGCAACUAGCAAUGACAACAUCUUAUAAAAUUCUUGUAACAUGUUAUCGAGACGAUUAAAUUGCAUAUUUUCCCAAACUGAGUCGAACAUUAAAAACUAACAGUCUAUGUAAAUUAUCUAAUUUUUAUUGUAAGUUACGAUUGUCAUAACUUACAGUCCCAUCAUGAAAGAGGGUGUCCAUUGUUAGAUGGGUUUAUGAUCUUGAACUUAGUGAUUUACGCUCAACUGAAUCUUACGAUCCAGCGUUGCAAGCUGCCCCUGAAGUCUUCCUCUUUUUUUGUUUCAUCUCUGUUGUUUUGAACCUCUCAAACUUCCUCCGCACAUGCUGCUCUCCAGUAGCAUUAUAAAAAUUGCAGCAAACCCAGCAAUGUUAGGGCCCAGUUUCACAAAGCGGCGAACGACAUUUUUUAUCUUACAUUUGUCGUGCGAUAUUUUGUAAGUCACAAUGGCCGUACCACGGUAAUCGCACAUAUACGACAUCUUUGUGAAACUGGGAUCAGGUACAUGUAAAACACAAUUAAAGACGUACGCUUUAAUACAGGUUUACUGUAUAGAUGCGAAGUCCACUGCAUACGUGGGCUUUCUUUUUUCUUGCGAGUGGAGAUUUUUGUGUCUUGAUCUGAACUUUAUACUUAAAGGAUUAUAUAUAUGGGAGGUUUUUAUACAUAUAAUGGCGGUGUCUCCGUAGCAUCUCAAUAGCGUUCGCCUGUCAUCUUCAAAGGGAGACAAAUCUUAUCGCUCAUAACAACAGCAGCGCCCUCUAUCUGCUUGAACAACAACACCUUCCGAUCAUUCACGGUCAGUUUUAUUGGUACUGAAAUCGCUGGUAUUAGUAUUCAAGUACCUAGAGCGCACUGCUGGUAUAGAAGUCUUUGCAGAAGAUUUGCAUACUCCAUUGCAUAAGGAUAUCUUAAAAAGUCAAAUUUUGGCAAAACCGUUUUUGCUUAGUUUUUUCAUUUCUGUCUUAAUUUGGACAUAGCAAUUUGCUUGCUUUUGUUUGUAUAUUUGUGAAAUGGUUGCAAGAACAAAUAAACCUAAAGAUAUCAAACUGGAGAUCGUAUUAGCUCCAAGAAUUCGCCUUUCUUCUUGAUUUCUUCAUAUGCAUUAUAAUCAAACUCUAACUAUAUUUUCAACAGAUCCGCAGAAAAGACAAAACUGAAUUUAAUUUUGUUUUUGGCUUGAUUUUUAUCUCAGACACAGGAAUUUUUGCAUCUUCAUAUUUGUAUAUUUGUGAUAUGGGUACAAGAGCGCGUACAUAUAAUGGCAUGAAAUGGGCAAAGAUGCGCGCUCCACUUCCUCUUACAUUUGUUCAUAUGCAUUUUAAUCGGAUUCUAGUUAACAUUUUUGUAUCAGAACCCUGUAAGAAAAUAAAGCGAUAAUUUUGUAUUUCAGA